AUGGCGUACAACGGCCGAGGAGGUGACUAUGAAGGUCACCGCCUGCAAGACCUGAACCCCAACCCGCAGCAGUACCAUAACCAGCCCGGUGAGGAAUACGAUGACGAGGCCCAAAGCUCUCUCCUUAACCAGAGUCAUACCCCUUACGAGCACGAUCGCCUGGGGGCCCACACUCCUCCUGUUCGCCCCGUCUCGGCCUACAGUCUGACAGAGUCGUACGCUCCGGGUGCGGCAACCACUCGCCCUGGAUUCCGUCAUGAGCUCGAAUCCGACCCGGCCUACAGGAUGUCUUCGGUUGAUGCAGAUGAGGGCUGGAUUCGGCGGCAGCAGCCCAAUGCGGCGCCGGCCGGCGGCCUGAAACGCUACGCAACCCGGAAGAUCAAGCUGGUUCAGGGCUCCGUGCUGAGCAUCGACUACCCCGUCCCCAGCGCCAUCAGAAAUGCCGUUCAGCCCAAAUACCGGGAGGCCGAGGGCAACAAUGAGGAGUUUUUCAAGAUGCGAUACACGGCUGCCACCUGUGACCCCAAUGACUUUACCCUCAAGAACGGCUACGAUUUGCGUCCCCGGAUGUAUAACAGACACACCGAGCUUCUGAUCGCCAUCACAUACUACAACGAAGACAAGGUCCUCCUCUCCAGAACGCUCCACGGCGUCAUGCAGAACAUUAGAGACAUUGUGAACCUCAAGAAGUCGAGUUUCUGGAACAAGGGCGGCCCGGCCUGGCAAAAGAUCGUUGUGUGUCUGGUCUUUGAUGGCAUUGAUAACACUGACAAGAACGUCCUGGACGUGCUGGCAACCAUCGGUAUCUACCAGGACGGCGUGGUCAAGAAGGAUGUCGACGGCAACGAGACCGUCGCCCACAUCUUCGAAUAUACCACCCAGCUCUCGGUCACACCAAGCCAGCAGCUCAUUCGCCCAAUGGACGAUAGCUCAUCGACUCUUCCGCCCGUGCAGUUCAUCUUCUGUUUGAAACAGAAAAACAGCAAGAAGAUCAACUCUCACCGGUGGCUUUUCAAUGCCUUUGGCAGGAUCCUCAAUCCCGAGAUCUGUAUCCUUCUGGACGCUGGUACCAAGCCGAGCCCCAAGUCGCUUCUCGCCCUGUGGGAGGGCUUCUACAACGACAAGGACCUCGGAGGUGCUUGCGGCGAGAUCCACGCCAUGCUGGGUAAAGGCGGCAAGAAGCUCAUAAACCCCCUGGUUGCGGUGCAGAACUUCGAGUACAAGAUCUCCAACAUCCUCGACAAGCCUCUGGAGAGCUCGUUCGGAUACGUUAGUGUGUUGCCCGGUGCCUUCUCCGCCUACAGAUUCCGAGCCAUCAUGGGCCGCCCACUCGAGCAGUACUUCCAUGGUGAUCACACCCUGUCCAAGAUCCUGGGCAAGAAGGGCAUCGAGGGCAUGAACAUUUUCAAGAAGAACAUGUUCUUGGCCGAAGAUCGUAUUCUCUGCUUCGAGCUGGUCGCAAAGGCUGGCCAAAAGUGGCAUCUCAGCUACAUCAAGGCUGCCAAGGGUGAGACCGAUGUUCCCGAAGGAGCCCCUGAGUUCAUCAGCCAGCGUCGACGAUGGCUCAACGGUUCGUUCGCCGCCAGUCUGUACUCGCUCAUGCACUUCGGGCGCAUGUACAAGAGCGGUCAUAACAUCAUCCGCAUGUUCUUCUUCCAUGUACAGCUGAUCUACAACGUUCUUAACCUGCUCUUCACCUGGUUCUCCCUAGCUUCGUACUGGCUGACAACGACUGUCAUUAUGGAUCUCGUCGGUACUCCGGUCACGCCCUCGGACUCUGCUUCCGAACAUCAUGGCUGGCCGUUCGGAGACACGGUGACCCCCAUCUUCAACGCCGUCUUGAAGUACAUCUACCUGGCAUUCGUCAUCCUCCAGUUCAUCCUGGCUCUCGGCAACCGGCCCAAGGGAUCAAAGUGGACCUACAUAACCUCGUUCGUCGUCUUCUCGUUUAUCCAGACAUACAUCCUUGUCCUCUCGGGCUACCUGGUCGCGCGCGCCUUCCAGACACCUCUUGAGCAGCAGAUCUCGCUCGACAGCGCGAAGGACGCGAUGCAGAGUCUCUUCGGCGGCACAUCGGCGGCGGGUGUCAUUCUCCUAGCGCUGGUGACCAUCUACGGCCUCUACUUCGUUGCCUCGUUCCUCUACCUGGACCCGUGGCACAUGUUCCACUCGUUCCCGUACUACAUGGUGCUGAUGUCCACCUACAUCAACAUUCUGAUGGUGUACGCCUUCAACAACUGGCACGACGUCUCGUGGGGAACCAAGGGAUCUGACAAGAACGAGGCCCUCCCGUCAGCCCAUAUCAGCAAGGGCGAGAAGGACGAGGCGGUGGUUGAAGAAAUCGACAAGCCGCAAGAAGACAUUGAUGCCAUCUUCGAGCAGACUGUGAAGCGCGCUCUUGAACCUUACAAACUUGACGAGAAGCCGGAGCCAAAAGAUCUCGAGGAUUCGUACAAGUCUUUCAGAACCAUGCUGGUAGUCUUGUGGCUUUUCUCCAACUGCCUGCUGGCCGUUGUCAUUACCAGCGAUAACUUCGACUCGUUCGGCAUCGGCAACAAUGCAUCCGCGAGAACUGCUUGGUUCUUCAAGUUCUUGUUGUUUGCUACCGCCUUCCUCUCCAUCAUCCGCUUCAUCGGCUUCCUCUGGUUCCUGGGCAAGACCGGCAUCAUCAAAAAAGAGCAGCAAAAGGCUGAGAACGCCGAGGGUGCUGCGGGUGGGAAGAAGAAGAAGGUCACGGCGGCGCAACUGCGAGUGCAAAAAGAUCUCUCGGAGCUCUCCCUCGGCAACACGAUGAAGACGGACUUCCCGGACCCCGACAACAUCCUCCAGUUCAUACUGUACAUUGAGCCGGACGAGGGCAUGUACCGCGGGGGCCGGUUCUCGUUCUCGUUCAACAUCACUCCCAGCUUCCCGCACGAGCCGCCCAAGGUACUGUGCCGCGAGAAGAUCUACCACCCCAACAUCGACCUCGAGGGCAAGGUGUGCCUCAACAUCCUGCGCGAGGACUGGAAGCCGGUGCUGAACCUCAACGCCGUCAUCGUGGGCCUGCAGUUCCUGUUCCUCGAGCCGAACGCCAGCGACCCCCUCAACAAGGAGGCCGCCGACGACCUGCGCAUGAACCGCGAGACGUUUAGGAGGAACGUGCGGACGGCCAUGAUGGGCGGCGUGGUGAGGGGCCAGAGCUUCGAGAAGGUGGCGACGAGGUGA